CUCGCGCACAGAAGAACGGUGUGACAGUCGCGAAACAACACCAGACCGCACGGGAAACAAUAGUCGAGCCGCUGCUGUGCCAGUACUGCCCACAGGUCGCACAAAAAGAAAGUAAACGCGAAGAAGAAUUGUUGCAUUUAUUGGUUGGUGCUGUGUUGCGCUGUCUGAUUAAGAAAAAAACCGUGUGAUUGUGAUUACUGUGAUUGCAGCAUUGUGUCUCUCUUUGUCUACUGAUAUUUGUGUCCGCGUUUUCUGUGAUUCUGUGCGUGCUUUUCCGACCGUGCACGCCUGUGUUUUUUCGCGAUCCAGAGGGAAGAAAGCGGUGAAACCAAUUUGCUCAACACACAAGCACACAUCAUCUCGCACAUACUACAUCGCCGCCUGCACAGCUGGAGCUUUUGCACACAGCCUACGUGGUUCCGCGAGAAGAGUUUGGCUUUUGUGUGCGAGAAGGUGUACUGUGGCAAAGCUUGAUUAAAAGUGUCAUUUGGUGGUGUGAAAAUUGUGAUUAUCACGCGUUUUGUUGUGAGCCGUCUUGCCGUGUUCGUGAAUUGCUUUCUGUCUAAUCUUUGACCAGCUCGCUCGUCAGACCCUUUUGCCAACCGGGUGCCAUAACGAUGGACGGCGACAGUGUGCAAUCGAUGAGUGACUUUAAACAACAAGUGGCCGCCGUGCCGCAGUACGGUUUAAAGCUCAAGUUCAACCAUGUCUUUAGUGACACGCGUAACCAAAACUUGCGCCCGUCGAUCCGUCAGCUGCUGCCCAUCGUUCCGAUGGCGUUGAGAUACAUUCCCUACUACUGGAAGGUUUCGCGCGAGGGCCGCCAGGUACUGAUGGACUACUGGUACACGGAGAACGCCAAGCAGAUCUACGGUGCGCCGCUCGGUGGCAUUGGCGCCGGUACGAUUGGGCGCGGAUUUGCCGGCGAGUUCUGUCGCUACCAGCUCAAGCCGGGCCUGUACGAGUACAACACCGUACACGCCAAUCAGUUCAUCGUAACCAUUAAGGACGAAGCUGGCGCCACCAUAUUCCACAGUCUGCUGUCGACCUACAGCCAACGGUCCACUAACGAGCAUACUACAUCGAACCGUGGUUCUGCCAAAUCGCGUCGUUACAGCCGCCCCAAGAAUCCGCUCGGCAGCUGGGAAAGUGCGCUGGAUGCUUCCAGGUGCAGCUACACGGCCCUGUAUCCGCGCGCCUGGUCCGAGUACGAUCUGAGCGAGCACGGUAUCCGGCUGGUGCAGCGACAGAUCUCACCGAUCAUACCCCAUGACUACAAGGAGAGCUCGCUGCCGUGCGGCGUGUUCGUUUGGACGGUCGAGAACGUGUGCGACAAGGAUCGGCAGGUGACGCUGACUUUCACGUUCAAGAAUGGUACCGGUACCAAGAAGCAGGACGCCGAGGGAGGCAGCGAGACGAGCGCAUUUACGCAGGGUAAUGCCCGUGGCGUUUCGAUACGGCAGACGAUUGCCGAUAUGCAGUGUACGUACUGUGUGAGUUGCCGUGGCUCGUCCGAAAUCAACCUGACCCGUUGCGAGCGAUUCGAUCCGACCGGCAAUGGGGAAAAACUGUGGAACGAUCUGAAGGAAAAUGGUCACCUGACGGAGAAAUCCAACGAUGAGACACUAAAGUCGAAAGACGUUGCCGUUGCGGUGAGUGGGCAGAUUCUUGUGCAACCCGGCACCACAUCCCAGCUAGAAUUCGCACUCGUGUGGGACAUGCCGAAGGUACACUUCCAGAAGCGUGGCAAAGAGUAUCAUCGCUACUAUACGAAGUACUUCGGCAAGAGUGGUGAUGCAGGUCCGAUGAUAUCGGACUAUGCGCUCAACAAUUACGGCAAAUGGGAGAGAUUGAUCGACGAAUGGCAACGACCAAUACUGGAAGAUGCAGAUCUUCCGGAUUGGUAUAAGAGUGCAAUCUUCAACGAGCUGUACUUCAUAGCGGACGGUGGCAGCGUGUGGUUAACGAUGGACGAUCAGUCCGAUCUGCCGUACGAUGAUCCACGGCUAGCGUAUGGACGUUACUCCUACCUAGAGGGUCACGAGUACCGUAUGUACACGACGUACGAUGUGCACUUCUACGCAUCGCAUGCAAUAGCGAGCCUGUGGCCAAAUUUACAGGUUAGCAUCCAGUACGAUUACAAGGAUAGUAUAGAGCGUGAAAUUACCGAGGGUCGGAAGCAUCUGUACGAUGGAAAGGUGAUUCCGCGGAAGAUUAAAAACUCUGUACCGCAUGAUCUGGGAGAUCCUGCGGAAGAACCGUUCGAUCUUAUCAACGCUUACCCAAUCCAUGACGUGUCGGAAUGGCGUGACCUAAACAUCAAGUUCAUACUGCAGGUCUACCGCGAUUACUACACGCUCAAUCACUACGCCCAGCUGAACGCGGAAAAUGCGAGCAAAUUCAGCUCGAUCGAGUUCAUCGACAAGGAAAGCAUGUACGACACGUACAUUCAAGAUAAUCGCAACAAACCGAACGGUGGCAGCUCGCCGACCGACAAUAAGGCCGCGAAUCGCAAAUCAGCCUCGAUGUACAUCAACGAAACGAACGGCAAGGUGUACCUGAUGGAUGCACUCACCUAUCUGAAAGCGAUGUAUCCGGCGUGCCGGACGGUGCUCGAACGCUCACUCGAGUGGGACAAGGACGACGAUGGCUUGAUCGAGAACAGUAAAUCGCCCGAUCAAACGUACGACACCUGGGUAAUGGACGGUCCGAGCGCUUACUGUGGCGGGCUAUGGUUGGCCAGCUUACACUGCAUGUCCACGAUGGCAAGUUUGCUCGAUCAGAGCGAGGAUAGCGACCGUUACAAGGCGAUCCUCGAUAAAGGGCGUGCCUCGUUUGAGGAAAAACUCUGGAACGGUACAUACUAUCGGUUCGAUGCGCAAAGUGGUUCGAAGAACAGUAUCAUGUCGGAUCAACUGUGCGGUCACUGGUAUCUACGGGCGUGCGGAUUUGACUAUGACGUGUUUCCGAAGGAAAAUGUCCGGCUAGCGAUGCGAACCAUUUACGAAAACAACGUGAUGCGGUUCUGUGGCGGACAGCUCGGUGCGGUCAAUGGGUACGUACCGAGUGGACAGCCGAACAAGGAAGGACGCCCGGACACUUCCACCAUCCAGGGUGAGGAGGUAUGGACCGGCGUAACUUAUGCGCUGGCCUCAACCAUGAUUCACGAGGGUAUGUUCGAGGAAGCGUUCCAGACAGCUGGCGGGCUUUAUCAGGCACUGUCCGAGCGGAUCGGCAUGAACUUUGAAACGCCCGAAGCGGUGUACGCCGAACGGCACUAUCGUGCGAUCGGUUACAUGCGCCCGCUCAGCAUAUGGUCGAUGCAGACGGCGUGGGAAAUGAAGAAGCUGCGUCGUGAUUAAAUCUCGAAUCUGCCCGUUGCCUAACCACAUGCCGAACUGUCGCUCGAGCUUAGCAUAGCUAGGUUUUUUUUAUAAUUUCGAUCGGAAAUCGAUCGCUAGUGGAAGCGAAGGGAAGAAGUUCAUUUGGUUGAUGUUACUUGUUUCUACCCACACGGGGCUGAUGUUUGCGAUCAUCGAAUCGUCGUGGUGGGGUUUUAAUUAUGAUUCAUCCCAAAUAGCCAUUGUUUUUAGUUUUAAUGCACUACCGUAUCAAUUUUAUAACUCUCUAGUCAUUAAGGAUUCACGUAUGUUGUUAGUAGCUUCAAGGAAGCGAAAGCGAUUUAACAGGCCAGGUUCGAUCGCGAUGUUUGUGUGUGUGGUUUGUUCUGAUGAUCGCACAGUAAUGUCCUGAACAGCACGAUCGUUUUCUUUUGGUAAUCAGAGUAGUUUUAAUUGCCAAAGGCUUAAGCGCUUGUGUGGCUAGCUUUUGCGGGUAGGACACAUGUUGACAGCAACAGCAAAGGAAGUUAGUAAGGCACUAAAACGGCUUUGCAAGCGUUGGUCAGGUACAAGAGUACGUUGCAGGAUAUUUGAGAUAAACUGGCGAACGUUGGAACCUUUUUCUGGAUUCUGAUGAGAAGGAAGGUGGCAAAUAACCAGGUAGAACUUUCUCGACUCUCUUCAAGUUGAGGUAGAAUCGUUUCGGGCAUUUCUGAAAAGAACAUUUCAAAUCAUUGGUGCUUCUGCUAAAACAGUGGUGGGGUUAUGGCGCAUAAGGAGUUACGUGUUAAACCCGCUACUGGUCAUAUUUUAAAUGUUUCUAGAAAUGUCUGAGAAAAUUAUGCUUCAUCUACUUCGAUAGUUCUACCUGCGAUUUUCUACUUCAUCAUAAACAUAAUUUAAAAAUGGAUCUAAAUUUGUUAGCUUUUCGUUAUUAGGGUUACGAUAACACUUGCGUCACUUGUCAAAGGUCUUUUGUAUUUAAUUUAUCGUUUAUUUUUAAUUAUCAAGCAAGCAGUUGAUGUUGAAGUGGAACAAGUCCGUGUAUUUCUCGUUGUGUGUAUCGAUGUUGUUGGUGUUUUGAGGCCGUUAAGCCUUCCCCUAAACGCAAAAGCGUAACACGUGGUUUCUUGCGGUGAUCGAACAGCAGCACCUUACUUUCCUUACCUGUAAUCCAUGACCUGAGAUAACCGUAACGAUGUAAGAGCGCACGGAUGCAUGGAUGGUUGAUGCGCCAGUAUAAACAUGCCGAGCACAAACGUAUUGCGGCUUCCCCACGGUAGGGAGAUCCCUCUGCUCGUCUACAAUUACUAUUUGCUACUAAAGUAUAUACCACAGCCUAGCAGAAAACUAUAUUUUUGGUCUUGCGCGCAAAAUUAUAAUCAAAUUGUAACACGUUAGCAAAGCUACUAGGUGGUCUUUUUUGCCGCAAGUAAAACAAACAGAAGCGUAUAUAUUUAACACAACCCAGGCAGAGUCAUUAUACAUCUCGAUAUAGCUCCACUAUGUAGCGCACGACAGUUGUGAAUGUUGUACAAAUUGAUGAUGCUGUUUAAAAAAAACAAAAAAAAACGAACAAACAUUACAAAAAAAGCCUAAUAAAUACGAGAAGAAAACAUAA